UUGUCAGGUAGGAUAGUCAGUGGGUGCAGUGGAGAGACUGAGUCACGGCAAACCAGAUAAUGGACGGAAUUGUACUGAAACUUUGACGCAACUUUUUUUUUUUUUUUUUUUAAUCGCCAAGCCAGUGAACCCGUUUCCACAGACUAAAAUGCGUCGACUGCGCCAGGGGAAUAUCGCUGUGAAUGUGGUGUUGCUGCUGUAUUUGCUCGGGUGUUUGGCCCCUUCCCUAGUCUCCUCCAUCUCAGUGAGUUCUCCAUCAGAAGUCCAUGCAUCUAAAGGGGAUACCGUCUCGUUGUCCUGCUCUUUCACCUCCACCAGUAGGCCAACCAGUAAGAUGACUGUCGACUGGUCUUAUAGGCCCCAGACUGGAGGGCCACCACAGACAUUUUUCCACUUCUCUUCACGGGCGUUCCCCCCGCCUGAGGGUCAGUUCGCAGGUCGUAUCCGGUGGCAGGGAACCCCUGCACGCGGGGAUGCCUCCAUCUCUUUGAUCAACGCCACGCUGAAUGAUAAUGGGACCUACACAUGCUCAGUCAGAAACCCUCCUGACGUCCAUGGGUCCCCGACUUCACACACCGUACUCACCGUCACACCCAAGGCCCCCAGCAUUCGCUUCUCUGAUGUUGCGGUUCUCCUCGCUUUCAUCCUCAUCCCCUCCGCUGUCGUCACCCUCAUUCUGAUUGGAAGGAUGUUCUGUCCCAAGAAACAACACAACCAAUCGAAGGGCUACAGAUCACCCAUAGAGGUCACAGAGGGAGAGGAGUACGGCAUCCACCCACCGGGGGCCAAAGUAAAGAGGGCCACAUGCUGUGACCUAUAUUUGAUGUGUAUCCACGGCUCAGAUGAUGAAGAGGAGCAUUACAACCUGAAAAAGCAGCCUCCCACAGACGAAGGCUUUGCUGAGUCUCAGUGCUAGAGAACCCUGGUGGUUGGGAGAUGUAACUGCAACAUGUGGACCCACAUGGUGCCUUUAAAAAUGGGAGGUACUGAAUAGGGAUCAAUUCUGGAUUCAUGUCUUCUGUGCCACCAUCAACCACUCACCAAGUCACUAUGGUGAAAGAUUUAACUUUUAGUUGUGACCCCCUUUUCUAUUUUUGUCUUGAGACAGUCUGAAUUGUUCAUCUUCACGUGACACUCACUCUCUAAAAUACAGACUGCCAAUAAUUUGAUUUACCUUUUGUCCAUGAGCUAAAUUUCUAAAGGCUUCCCAGGAACCACUUCACAGCUUUUACACCAGUGUGCUGUGAGACAUCAGAGGUAUUCAUUCCUUAAUCUGAGAGCUCUUGGUUUUGAUGAGACAUUUGUUUGUUGUGUCUGUCGGUAUCGUUCCGUACAUGCAAACACAAAUACACAAACAAACACUAUAUAUAUAUAUAUAUAUAUAUUUAUAUCUUUGAUGAUUUUUAUGUUUCACUUUCUUAUUGUGAAGGAGAUAGAUAUGUUUUGUCUAAUUUAUUGCUUGUGUCUGAGCGGCUGUACUAUAUGAAACCUGCUUCUGUUGAGCUGUAGUGGAAUAUUUCUGUUAUAUCCUUAACAUUUUGAGAGAAAAUAAAUGGUUUGAUUUGGAACAUUAGUUGUGACCACUUAAUACUAUUGAUACACAACACUACAAUAUCUUUGAAAUAUUUUUCAGAAUUUUACUGUACCAUGUCAGCGGUAAAUGUGUGUGUGCCAUCGUUCCACUCAGUAUACUUUGAGGAUGUCUGGAUGUAGAGUUUUGAUUUUGAAAAAUUAGCUUGCUAGUGUUGAUUAAUGUUUUAGAAAUGUUUUUGCAUAAAUAAAUAGUUUAUGGCUUUGUGAGAGGAUGAA